AUGGACCAGGACAGCACCAGUACAAGCAGCUGGCCCUACGGCUUGGCCGCACCCGCUUCCUGGAGAAGGUCAUGCUCCUCCUCCCGGGUCCUGAGCUUCCAUGCGAAUACGGCCCACCAGCAGCAGGCAAACACGCAUCAAAGUCCCGGCGGGCAGCAGCAGCCGCAGCAGCAGCAGCAGCAGCAGCCGCAAGCGCCGCAAGAGAGCCAGCCGGCCACAGCCGGCAACGAGCCAGCUGCACCAUCCUCGUCGCAAGCCGGCGCAAACGGCUCAAAGCCGCGAAAUGCUCAGGGACAAGAUGCCCAGGACGACCAGGAGGAAGAGGAGGACGGCGGCGACGAUGACGAGGUAGCUGAUGCCGUCCCGGAGCCAAAGAAGCCCGCGGAGACGGCAAAAGAGGCGGCGUUUAAGGACGCGUUGAAGAAGCACAAGGAGCAGGUCUUGAAAGAUGAGGAGCAGAGAAAGGAGGAGGAAGAGCUCAAGGAGAAAGCGAAGAAGAGGCUGGAAAUGGAGCGCAAAGCAAAGGACAUGCUGAAGGCGCUGCCGCCAAUUCCGGAGGACGGCCAUGCAAACCAUCGCAGCUGGGAGGCGCAGCUGUCUGCCAGCGACGUGAAGCAGGAACUGCAAGCGAGUCGAGAGAUGGACGCUUUGCGGUCCAAGCAGCAUGCAGAUCCUGGCGCCCUCCUGGCAAAGGAUCUGCGUGGAGCCUUUCUCACCUACUUGGGCUCCAACAGCCCGCACCACCUCGCCUCUGCCAGUGCCCGUGCAAGCGCUGGUGAGGAGGCAGACAUGGCGCAUCAUCAGAGUUGGGAGGCCAAGCUUACGGCCGAAGACAUGAAAAAUCAGAUGCUUUCAAGUCGUGAGCGCGACUCCUUGGCAUCUUCUGCGGUGGGCAGUGCAGAUGCAAACAAAACUCUGAGGGAACGUGACGAAGGUGUCAGUGGUGCAGGAGGAAAGGGCAAGAACAUCGGCGACGGGGAUGCUGAAGACAAAGUGGAAGUAGGCUCGUCCGGCGGUUCGGGCACGUUGCUGCCGCUGAUUCACCAGGUGGGUCAGUCCAUUGGCCUGAACGAUGUUUUGAAGAACAGCGUCGAGAGCUUCAACCUGGCCUUCAGACAAUCUCCAUAUCCAAAGUUCUUCUGUGGCAAGGAGGGUGAGACUACGAGGGAGCUGGAGGAAACUGAUCAUCCAGCUCUCUACUUCUCCUUUCCUGUUCGGAACGUCAGCAUCACACUCACGAACCUCGGCAAGCUUGGAAAGGGGCCCGAGGAGGUGGUGUGGGAUGCAGAGUUUUCGAGUCGCAAGGACUUCAAAGGAGUUUUAGGCACCAUGCGCCCAACUGGUGGCACGAAGCCCCGGUACAAGCCACCCUGCUUUCCUGCCAAGACCAAGUACCGAAUGCAGUUGCGAGUGAGCCUCGGCUAA